AAGCAAACAAUUGUUGGGUUGCAUUUGGUGUCCAUGAACUUAUGUUAUAACUUUUAUUCCGCUCGCGCUGAUCUUUAAGAGGUUUCAGAUGAAAUAUAUAUAUCAUAUCCGUGAACAAUGACUAUAUAAAUUCACUCACGCCGUAGGAAAUGCAAAGUGAGUGAAAGAUUGAUGUUGCUUCACAUGUAAAAUGUUCGGUCAAAGAUGACACUUCAUCGCCAACUGCGUUCCAAGCGCGCGCUGUUACUCAUAUUUUCUGAUCUUAUUUCGCUCCACAGAAUACCGUAUCCUCGGCAAGAAAGGGGAAGGAACCUUCUCAGAGGUUCUGAAAGUUCAGGAUAUUCGAGAUGGUACUUACUAUGCUUGCAAGAAGAUGAAACAGCGCUAUGAAAGGUAGAUUUGAUUUCUAGUCACGGCAUGACUUAGUGAGCUGCGGCUUCCCGCACGGCCUAAACAUUGUUCUCCUCUUAAGUAAGGAAAAGAAGAGCUUUUGUUGUUUUUGUUGUAAGUUUUUACUUCAAGAUGUAAUGAAAUUGUAGGAAAAGAUUAUGUAAGGUACUUACAUUCGUUUUAUCUUAUAUAUUUUCUUCUUCAGCAUUGAUCAAGUGAACAAUUUGAGAGAGAUUCAAGCUAUGAGACGCUUGAGUCCCCAUGGAAAUGUGGUUGAAUUGAAGGAGAUUAUCUUGUAAGAACAUAUUUGUAGCCCUAAACUUAUUUAACGAACUUGAUUUUCUGGGGACAGUAGUUGAAUUAUGCAAAUCUUCGAAGCACUAGCAUGUGAAACUUAAAUUUGUCGUUGAACGCUGUCACAAAGAUCUUUCAUCACCCCUGAGCUCAGGAUUGAACAUUUUAAAGCCUUUUGAGCACGAAUCGAUGUUAUUCAACAGAGUCAAAUUACUUUCCGUGAUAUAUUUUGUUAAAAAUAUAUUCGGGAUCGCAUGUAUAUUCAUUUCAAUUCUACGAACAGUGAUGUGGAAUGGUCUAAUAAGCUGUUUUUGAUCUGUUAGUGCUACGGAAAGUACAUGUUUUUAAUAGAAGAGCAGUUAAUUUACACUUCCUCGAAAUGAAAGGAACAACAAAAUUCUUUGAAUGAGAUCAUUAAAUUCACACGUAUGAUCGUGAGGUAAUUCCACCCGCCGCUCAUGUCAAAAUUUUGCAUGCUCGUUGUCAAAUGUAAUGGAUGUUAAUUGAUUUGGCGUUGGGAAUACUUCGUUUAUAAUUGGUUAGUUAAUCUCCUGCAAACAAUGUCGAGAUGAAAACUGUCAACAACAGAUUCUGUGGCGUGGGGUUUAAUUGCUUUUUAGUAUUUAUGGACCUUAAUACCUGUCUAUGUUGUUGUUGUUGUUUUUUUUUAUGAAAAAAAGAACUUUCAAUUUCAUUUUGUAUCCUCUGCUUUUGAGCGUGUUAAGAAAUGAUCACCAGUUUGUUAAAACUAUGUUAUUUGAAUACUUUAGUGACAAGAAGAAUGGAACUUUAGCCUUGAUCUGUGAGCUGAUGGAUAUGAACCUGUAUGAAAUGAUAAGAGGUAAGAGCUUUUAUGAAAGCACUUGUCAAUUAAAUUUUUAAAUUUUUUUACAUUUGUUUUUAAGAUUUGAUGGGAGAAAUUUUGAGCUUUACAAAUAUUAAAUAGUUUACAAUAUAGAUUUUUCAAAUUCUUACAUACUUAACAUUAUCAUUAAGGAAAAGAAAAAUUUAAAUAAGUACAAUUAUAAAAUAAAAUAGGAAAAUAAAAUAACAGUCCUUAUCAUAGACAACUAACUAACAUAAUUCCUUAAAAAACACCAUAUAGAUAUAGUCUUGAAAACUAUUUUUUUUAGGACGGCGACACUACUUGCCAGAAGCAAAGGUUAAAAACUAUAUGUACCAGCUUUGUAAGGCCAUUGAUCACAUGCACAGGUAAGAUUCAAGGACUGGUGAGAUUAUAUUUGGAAAAUAAACAUGCAUGUACAUCUAACUCCUAAUUAAUACCCAAAAAAAAAAUUUUUUCACUGCAUGUUUACUUUCCAUUUUUCAAGUAAUAGUGGAUCAAGUUGGCAUUUGAUGCAAGAUUUACCAAGUUUUUGUAAUUUUACCCUUAAACUCCUGAGAUCUGAUUGUUGAUUCUCCCCUUUCUAGCUGAUAUAUGUUUAUUUGUAAAUUAGUUACAAGAGUUUGUUGUUAGAUCAAGACAACAAUGCUUACCUGAUAAGUUUGAGUAUUCUUGUGACCCGUUUAGUUGUAAAUCACAUCUGGCAAUUGAAGGGUGAUACACAGACAGUGAUGAGUUGUAUGUUAAUCUUUUAUAACUGAUCCCAUUCUUUUAAUACAGAAAUGGAAUAUUUCAUAGAGAUGUUAAGCCAGAAAAUAUUUUGAUUAAGGUAACUAAGGGGUUUUUUUUAUGUUUUAGUUGUACAUGACCUUAUUAGCAUGAUUCAAGGGUAUUUUAUCUAAGUAUGUUCAACAGUUUUGAAUUACUGGUCGCUCUAACUUGGAGGAAAAAUAAAAGAAGGAAUCACUGAUAUUUUAAUUUUCUUUGAUGUCAUCUUGUUCACUUAACUUAUUGUUUCCUGUGGUAUGGUUUGCCUGAUAGAGCAUCUCUAAAAAAAUUGUCAAGGUUAUUCCAUUUCACCAAAAAGUUCCAUCAAUGAAAGUAAGCUUUUGUUGACAAUGAGAAGUAUUUCAAAUUCAUGGUUUUCUAUAAACUGUCAUAUUUCAGGAUGACGUUGUAAAAUUAGCUGACUUUGGAUCAUGUCGAAGUGUUUACUCAAAACAGCCUUACACUGAAUACAUAUCAACUAGAUGGUGAGUUGGGUACAAACACAAUAUUUGUUAGACUGCAUUUUCUGUGAUGACUUAAAAACAAGUUACUGUACAUCUACUAUUAGCUGAAGAAAAACUCUGAAGAAGAAGAAAUGUUUGAGUAAAAGCUCUGUCCGAUGAGAGUGAUAUUUUUGAUCAAGGUUUAAAUUUGUUUGGUCCAUAACUAAAAGUUAAGGCUUUGCUUCGCAUAAAAAUUUGCAGAGAAAUGUUAAAGAGAUACUGUGGCAUAUGAGACAGCCCCUCUACUCUCAAAGUGCUGUCCUCCAGCAAACUAUUAUGGUAUUCUAUUGAAGUGACAGACGUGGUUGCCUGGGGUAGACUGCGUGUCAAUUCCAGUUGAAGAAACAAGAGUCCGUCAUGUUGUAAAAAGCGCUGUAAAAAACUAGGAAAAGUAUUAUCAGUGGUGUGGGCUCCCUUUCCCAUGUGCAGAAUGAACUUUUGUGAGAAAAUCUAAGAGUUCAUGGCAGAUGUUGACUUAAAUGAAGCAUUGACAGCCCUUUUCAAAUGCUUGUUCCACCUUAUUUAUCAAUUAUUUGUUUGUUUUCAGGUAUCGUGCCCCAGAAUGUUUAUUGACAGAUGGUUACUAUACCCAUAAGAUGGACAUGUGGAGUGUUGGUUGUGUGUUCUUUGAAGUUCUAAGGUGACUUGAGCUCAAACAAAUAAUUUUAUUAACUAUUGAUUAAAUUUCUUGUGUUUUUUGUUUUAUAGAGGAAGGAACCUAUAGGUAGACAUGAUUGUCAGAAUUAUAGUGAUGUCUUGAGGAUAUGUGUACUGCUUUUAGAUAUCCAGUAUGCAAAAGUGAUUUUAAACUUAUUUGAUAUGAUUUCUUCUUUGCUAUUAAAAUAAAAGUGUACUGUGAAAUCAUUUUAACCAAAAUUAAUUAUAAUCUUAAAUAGUCACUAGUCUAAGAGUUUCCUAAUAUUUUUAAUUAACAUAAAACACAUGUUGAGGAUUUUGAAGUUUGAUUUGGCUUAUAUAUGUUCAAAGGAAACAUUUUUGUUACUUUUAUGAACUUUUCCAAAGCUGAUCUUCACAGUUAAUGAAUAAUAUGAUGUCACAUAAAUGAAGGAAUUAUUAUGAAGUAUUACAUUUAAUUUAAUAUUCAUUAUUUUGUAUUCACAGCUUACAUCCUCUGUUUCCUGGUUCUAAUGAAGUUGAUCAGAUUGCUAGAAUUCAUUCUGUCCUUGGAACACCAUCACCUAACAUACUAAAAAAGUUACAAAAGUAAGUUGAACUUAUCAAGUGAUUAUGACUUUUAACUCUUUAUACUUUAAUAUCAGUAUGUAUAUUCUCCAUACUGUUCUAUAUACAUAUCUUAAGGUGCUGACAGGGAGAAUUUGUUCAACAAUCAAGAGCUUCUGUAGUUGGUGAUCAUUCCUUUAUUGUUGUGAUCUUAAUUAAUGUGUCAUUUUGGGGCGAUAUUGUAAGGAGAAAUGAAAUACUAGUCACUCUUUAGGGUCAAAGGGUUACCAUAACUGGAUUUUUUUCAUUAGCUCACAGCAAUUUACUAAUAAGCUAAAUAAUUUUUCUCCUUUUGCCUUUCAGUAAAUCACGCAGCAUGAAUUUCAACUUUCCACCCAAAACAGGAAGUGGCAUCAGUACCUUGCUUCCACAUGAUCAUGUGUCUCAGGAUUGCAUUGAGCUCAUUGAACUCAUGUGUGCUUAUGAUCCUGAUGAUAGGUAAUUUGAAUCAACCCUUUGCACCCCAACAUCAGCAUGCAUAUUAUCCAUCCUGUUCUCUAAACAUUUCUUAAGGUGAUGAUAAGGAGAAUCUGUUUAACAAUCAAGAGAUUCUUUUGUUGGUGAUAAUUUCCUUUAUUCUCCUGGCCUUGAAGUUUGAUUUAGAGGGGAUAUUGUAAGGAAAAAUUAGAUGCUAGUCACUCUUAGGGUUUUAAUGUUACUAUGUGGCUUUAAAAUUUUUAGGGAAGGUUUAUUUUGUAGAUUGGUGAGAUUUUUUCUUUUGAAGGAAAAUUGUUUUGCAGUUGGGAUGACUGGUUAUCAGUAACUUUUGCUUAGAAAGGAUGUUUUGUGAAUUUCUGUUCAAGCAGUAGAGAAUGAAGGAGGAAGGGAAUGUGCAGAUUAUUUUCCAAGUUCUCCAACUUGUCCUACAGUGUUUCCAGCUUCUGUUUGAUACUUAUUACAAUUAUAAAUGUUCUUUUGCAAUUUUGUUCAUAGAAUAUCAGCCAAACAAGCUCUGAGGCAUCCUUACUUCAAACAACUCAGGUAUAGUUGCAACCCAAAUAAAGUCAAUUACAAAGAAAAUAAAUUAAAACUUCUGAAAAUUAAAAGAUACACAUCAUUAGGAAAUGAAUUUGUCUACUUAGCAUUUUCUCAUAUGUAGAUAGCCUUAAUAGAAAAACAAAUAUGAAUUAUGUUUUCUCUUUAAAGUAUUUUGAAGAGGUUACUCAUUUUGGGCUUCCAAAAUAUAACAGCAGGAAUUUCAGUUUGAUGGUUAUGAAAGAAAAUGUGAUGUCUAUAGAAUAAAAAUUUAAUGUCUUAUGUAGACCAAUUAGUUUCCAUUUGAUUCAACUUAACAGGGAGUUAGACAAAAGGCAAGUUGCUGCCAACACAAGGUAUUCAUCACCAUCCGAGGCUUCAGUUAUAACCAAACCACAUCGAAUGGUGAAAAAGAAGGUGAACUCCUUGUACAGUGUAUAUCUGAAUUGUGUUUACAGAAAGGCUUUCAUUUUAAGGUUGAGCUUUGCUUUUUCCUCUGUAAGGUUUUUCUAACACAUAGUUUUUUGUUAUUACCAUCAGAGAAAGCAUGUGAGAGGUCAUGCACGUUCACCAACUGAGGUAAAGUUUCACAAUUUCUGUUAGAGGCUUAAAAAGUAUAUUUAUUGACUACUGAUAUCAUACAUACAGAGAGCAUAGUGUGCAAAAUGUCAGGAGAUAGCAUUUCGACUGUCAAAGAUGAAAAGCUUGAUGCGGAGAUUUACUUCAGGGGUAACAUCUCCAUGUAUAACAGUCAGUGGAAUGAACAGCAAACAUCCUCCUUUCUCCGGAAGAUCAUAAACUUUCCAAUCAUUAUAUGUGUUCUUAAAACAAGGAAGGAUAAAAAAAUUGAGCAUUCUAGUGAAAAGCAUGGGACUAAGAGAAAACUAUGAAUUUUACCAUGUUGUGAUAGUAAAAUCAGUUCCAUGCCUUCAUUAAUGUAAUAUUUUUUUCUUUGUUACAGUCUAUUCUUCCAAAAGACGAUGGUUUUGGCCUAACAGGGGGAAUAGUUGCUCAUCAACAGCCGUCAUUACCAUCUUUAGGUGUAGGCUUCAAGACCAAUACGUAUGGCACAACUUUACCCAAGAUACCAGUUGCAACUACCACACAUACAACAACUUUCCCAACAUCAUUUCCUUCAAUUAUCCAUCAAGAAAAAAAUAAAGUCAAGGUGAUUAUUUUUAUUAAUGGUAACUAAUUAUAAUUAUUGACAAAAUUGAAGAAACAGGUAAAUACUCUUGUAAUAAUUCUCUGAGAUGGACAGCAGAGAAUUUAGAAAAACUUUACUCUCAAUUUAAGCUGUCGUAUUUGUUUGGCUGUGUGGUUAUUAGAGACAAACAAGGAAAAGAGCGAUUUAGGAUGCAUGUUAUGACUAAGAUUAAUGGAAGGUUACAAGUAUAUUAUUUUACUAAAAUUUUUGAACACUGUGAUAGAGCAUACAAUACCACAGACCUGGAUAAACCACUGUCGAGUUGUUAAUUUUAUCAUGAUAAAUGUUGCUCAGUAUGUAUUGUGGUUUUUUUUUUUUUCCAGAAUCAAACAAGCCAGAAGUUUGGACAUUACACCUUACCAGCAAUUGAUAACUCAAAACGAAGUGGUGCGCAUGGCUUUUGAAGGAACAUUUGGUUUUGGCAGAGAGAUUACAAAGUCUGAGAACUAUUAUAGGUUGUGCACAUGUAUGACGGUAUUGUAAAUAAUGAAGGAUUGCCUACUAGCGUCAGUUUGUUUGCAUCUUGGCCUUGCUUAAGCAAGGCUGGUGUCUCUCAGAGAUCAUCAAGGAGCCUUAAAGGAGGAUGUGCAUUCCUUUUCCUUUUUUCUAAAUAAUCAAACUGCUCUUUUCAAAAAUGUCAACAAAAACCCCGUCAAAAGGAAAUCAACUUAAUCAAGGUUUAAACAACAAGAGGACUCUCCUAUCCUAUUAUAGAACUUAUUUUUAAUUAUUUGUGAUAUUGAGGACAGGUCCUUAGUUUCCUGCCAUCUUUAUGAACAUCUACAUAUAUGUACUUGUUCAAUGUCAUCUUGUUAUUUAAGAUAUUUUAGUUAGACAAAGAAAUGCAAGGUAUCCUAUAAAUAAUGUACAGAAAAUAUUUUUAUGAAUGAGAAAGUAUUUUUUACAUGUUCAAACAUUGUUACAUGUAGGUGAUGAUUUUAAGUAGAAUUUGAUUUUGGAAAAAAAAUUAUUUAGCUGCCAGCCCAACAGCUUUGAUUUCACAUUUAUAAAAAUGUGGAGGAUACCUGAGAUUCUGUUUUUAAAAAGUUGAUAUAUUUUAACAAUAUACAUUGUCAGCCAUGUCUAGAAAGUCUGCCCUUUUUAAUUCAUUUGGUGUUGCAACUCCAGAUAUUCAUGGAAUGUUUCUUUAGUUAUUCUUGAUUGAAGACACAUUCUUGGAACAAAAAAAAGAACACAAACUUUAAACAAUGGCUCACAAACUUUGGAAUAAUGGGAAUGGAGAUUGCUGAUUACAGAUAAGG